AUGUCACUGAGUGGAAAGAUCGUGCUCCUGACUGGAGCCUCAAUGGGAAUUGGUGAAGCUAUUGCAAGGGAUCUGGCAAACCAUGGAGCGGACCUUAUUCUUUUCUCUCGUUCAGAGGACAAGUUGAGUAAGCUCACGAAGGAGCUGACUCAAAGCAAUCCCAGUGUCAGGGUGAUCCACCGAGCCGUCGAUGUUGGUGACUUUGAAGCCGUUGAUGCGGCCGUUGAAUCCUCGGUCAAUGAACUCGGUGCUAUCGACGUUCUAAUUAAUGGUGUAGGGACAACCCCCUUUGAUAUCGUCCAUGCGGUGCGCUAUGUGUCUGACGUGUUUGAGCAGGCCGGCAUUGCUUUAGGUGCACCGAACGCAUUCUACAAUCUCAAAGUUUCCGAUAUCCAAAUAAUGAAUUCCACCAACGUCAACGGACCCAUGUUUGUAACCCAUGCGGUUUUGAAUCGAGGAAUGUUGGCCAGCAAACAAGGCGUCAUCAUGAACAUUACCUCAGUCACCGGAUUGGAGGUGCCGCCUUUUCCAGGAGAAGCCGUUUACCACGCCAGCAAGGCUUGCCAGGAAGCAUUUACCAAUGCGUUGCGUAAUGAAUUGAUAGGGACUAAUAUCAAGGUGCUGGCCCUCCGCCCCGGGUGUGUCGCAACAAAUUUCCACUCCCAGCGCGUUGGGCAUGACAAGGAACAAUAUGAUGCUUUCUUCGAAGGUUACACACCAUUGACACCAGACGAUAUUGCGCAGGCAGCCGUUUAUAUGUUGAAUCAGCCUCUCAACGUGUCGAUUAAAGCAUUGGACGUGGUUCCUUCUGCGCAAAGAUCGCUGGCUGUGUUUGAUCGCAGGUGGAGUGAACGCAACGGGCAAUAA